UUCGCGUAUUUCAUGAAUCAUUUAUUCUCAAAAGUUUUAAAUAUUUAAUUUAAGUUAUAACGCGCAAGAAGAAUUUUUUGUGCAGUGAACAAAAAUUUAUGAUGACAAAAUUUCUCGACCGAAUAUUGAUGAUACGAAAAAGUUACUCUAAUCUGCCUUUUCUCAAAUCUUUAAAUUUUGGCAUAUCCAUUAAUGACCAGUUUUAAAUUUCUAUUAACGUGAUUUCUCUGCGCAUUUGUAAGCGCGAGGUCCUUUUUUAAGAGCAAACGAUGUAAGCAUUGAACAUAAUUAAUUAAUACAAAAUUAUGCAUUAAAUCCUUAACACCGACAAAAUACCAAAAUCUGACCUUCCCCAACCCCAACCAAAUCCAUUCUUAAUCUUUUGUUAUUGGGAAAGAUUUCCAGAAAACUGCCCAUUUUUAAUAAAGAUUAAUCCAAAAGAAAACAGCUUGGGCGAUUCCAAAAGCAGAAUAUAAUUUCCAAUAAAUUAAUCUGCAAAAUCCAGCACAGCUUUCCGGAAAAGUAAACCUAUCUAUCAAAGUAGCAUAAUUUUAAUUAAGAAUCUAAUUCUUGUCUAAUUCCUGUCCUAGAAAUGAAUUAUGAAAUUUUUUAAUUAUUUGUUCAACUAUUUUUAGUUCUUCUUUGUGAAUUUUCCCAAUUCACAUAUAUCGUCAAAGAGUACAAUUAGGAAAAAUGAAGCAAUGGAAAUUUUUUCCGGAACUUGUAACUUGGCAACAGCUUGGCAAAAUCGGAAUAUUUUUCCAUUGUUGAGAGCAUUUUGCAAUUUUCGUUUCACACUUCGCCUGUUCAGCUGAGCACAGCCAACGUUUUCUAUGUAAAAACAAAUUACAUUCCCCCUACAUAAGCGUCCCAUAAGCUCCCUGCUUGCGUUCGUAUCCUUUAAUUACUUUAAUUACAGAAUCUCUCCCCUGGUUUAUUGCAUGCUCCGCAGGAAGCAGCAGGAAGGGAAGGUCGCCGUUUUUGUCCCUAAAUUUUUUCCCCUAAAACCAAUUUCUUCAUUUCCCCUAAAAUCAAAACCCCUAAAACCAUUUUCCCAAAACUUUUUUUCUUUCAUUUUCCCUAAAGUGAAAAAAUUGGAAAUACAUCUUUUACCUGAAACCGGAAAACGGAGCCAAAUAUAAUUUAGUCUUCCUUCGAAUAUCACUAUAAGAAAGGUACGCUUAAAACACAAGUUUCAAUAUUCUGACUGAUUCUGACCAAAAUAUUUUAAAAAUCAAUUUAAUUUGUUACCAAAAGAUGGAUUAAAUCGUCAAAUUUUAUGUAAAAAUGUAAUUUUUUUAAAUUUUCAAAAUCGAUUUUUAGUUUCAUUUAUUUUGUCGCCUUUUUAUAACCAUCUUCAAGUCUUAUUGUGAUUCCAAAUACCGAGUACACUUCAUCGAUCUUUUCCCAUAUUGCUAAAAUUUCCUUUUUCCGUUUUUACUUGCUGAAUUUGCAAACUUCUUUAAAAGUCAGCCAGACGUACAAUAGUGACAAAGCCAUUGAGCAUUUGUACAGAUUAUAUUUUUGCUUCAGUUUUAUAAGAGUUAGUGAGCCCCAAACUUUGUAAUUUUUUUAGUGUGGACUUUAUAACUUCGUGUAAGAUUUGAAUUGUGUUUUUAAUUUUAAUCAUUUACAAUACAUAAUCUGUAAAUGAUGGAGUUGGCAACCAACAAUUUUGCAUAAUGGAAACAGCCCUGAAUCCUGCCUUCUGUUAUGGUUUAGGGGCAAUGAAAUUUAGGGGAAAUGGAGUUUAGGGGAAAUACAGAAAAAAUCCAUUAGGGGAAAUAAAUUUAGGGACAAAAAGGGGCUCCCCUGGGAAGGAGAAGGCGCAGGAGAAGGAAUCGCUGCUGCUUGCCUGCCUGGGGCUGCCUUUGCCUUUUUGCUGGCUGCAGUGGCUUCUUUUCUUCUUCACUUUUAGUUUGUCCGUGGGUGCGCGUGGGUGAAGUUGGACGCACAUUCAGCUGCUCCUUCAGAAUAUUUUCCUUGCAAGAUUUCAACUGCUGAGAGACGCUCAACACCAAAUCAUGGCAGAAGGUCCUGGAAGCAGCGCCGAGGGCAGAAAAGUGAAGCUGGUGUUCAGCGACGGUGUGGAGAUUAUCGAGGAAGUUGAGUUCCUCAGAGAAAUCAGCGAAUACUUUGAUGUCAUGUUUCGGGACACCUUCCAAGAGUCCUCGAUGGACACGAUCGAGUUAAAGGAUUUCAGUGGAAAAUUCGUAAAGAUCUUUUUGAGGGAGGUGAAAGAGGGCAGGAACAAUAACCACGAUUUGUACCUGAUCGUCUACAGAAUUAUGUCACCUAAAAUUUUCCAAACACUCCGAUUGCUGAUGGUCAAGGUGGACUUGGAGGAAAUCGCCAUGGUCACCAUGUCCAUGGCACAAUUGGAGGAGUAUCGGAAGAUCGCCGCUGAAACCGGAAACCAAGUUUUGGAAGAGAACUGCCUGCGGAAGGCGUGUGGAGUUUUCUCGGAAUUCAGCGAAACGCCUGGCUUUGAGAUGUUGUCCAUCGAGAAGCUCAAGAUGAUACUGAACAGCAAGUACUUGGACUGCGAGUCGGAGACUGAGGUUUUGAGAGGAGUGUUCAGAUGGCUCAACUACGACAUUAUUGGACGGGAGGAGCAUUUCGAGACGGCCCUUUCGCUCAUCAACUGGCCCAAGAUAAACUUGAAUCAGUUCCAGUUUCUGGCGGAGACGUCGAACGUUGUCAGAAGGAGCAAAAAACUGAAAGACCUGGUCAACUUCAUCUACCACAAAUCGAGAAUCGAGCCCAGCGGCCUCACACUUUCGGAGGAGGUGCAAAGGGCCGCGUCGGAGAUUCUUCUGAACUGCAGACAACGAUCGUUGCAGCCCGUUUGCUUGACCAUCCAAAAUGAGUUCACCUACACCAAGAACCGAUACGCCUCGAUGUUCUUUUUCGACUUGGACAGCAAUUUGUUCAUGGACAACCUCGUUUGCGAGCACAAGGAGAGCAUGAGUUAUGAACAUGACUUCGACGUUCAUGACUUCAAGGUCUAUUUGUUCGGGAGAUUGAGCAGGGGCGAAGAAAAGGGACUCAUCAGGACCAGACCUAUCAGCAUCCCUGUUGAUUGGACUCAAAAGGCUGGAUAUGAGGUCAGAUUGGCCAGCACUCGCGAAGUGGACCUGGACGAAGAGCCAUCGGGCGAUCGUGCAGCGAGGGUUCGCACUGAGCUGCGCCAGGUGAAAUUCUACAUGAGGAAGGAGGAGGAAAGGACUGCGUCUGAUGAGGAAAAUGUUCCGUUCAUCCCGGACAACUCUAUUGAUGCUCAGCGCUCGGGAGGAAAUUUCUACAUCUUCCACGUCGGUUGUGACCGGUACAACAUCAAGAACGAUGCGGUGGAAACUUUGUGGGAGACUGAUGAUGGCUACACUUCUUGUGUCAAGUUUCCAUUCAUCUACAGCGCCUUCAGGGAGGGGAAAAUCUUGAAGCUCCACGAGUUUGACUUGCGCAGCUUCACAAGGACCACCAUGGAGAGUGACUUUGUUGAGGAGGAGGAAGGACCACCUCAGCGUAGCGGCCCGUUUGGGCUCCUGUUGAGGAGGAAUAAUCCUGCACCCAGUCCCCCUGUGCUCCUCUCCUCAGGCCUCAGCUUCCUCACGCCCAUCGAAGAAAAAUUUUACAUUUCGGAGAAAAUGGGCGACUCCUUCAAUGAUCCCGAACGUGUCUCCCGUGAAAGUUUUCAUCUCGAGGAGGAACUGAUCCGAAGUGGGAAGCCAAUUGUCCACCAGUUCACCUACGGAAACGAUCUCUACUUCCUGCUCAAUGAAAAGGCUGGCAACGAUACUGGUGAGCGUUGCUUCGGACUCUACAAGUUCCUGGGCAGAGGGGUUGGCCUGCAGAAGAUCAAGGAUCUGCCCGACAUGGCCGUCCAAAUGAAAAGACUGCUGGCCAAACACUUGCAGCUCAACGAAGACGAGAUCAACCUUUCCAACUCGAUCAAGUUCAAAAUCGUCAACCCCCUCUGGGUGGAGGGUUUCAAGUACAGGAGUGGCAUGACCACCACUGCAGUUCCGAUGGAAACCGACUAAAGCGUGCAAUUGAGAUUCCGCCCAUGCAGCUGGGAUUAAAUGUUUAACCACAAGAUUAGAUUUAAGAAUUUAAGCUUAUGUGACGUACCAAUUAAAGAGUUUGGGAACUCAAAAUACAUACAAUUUCAAUUCAAACUUUGUAAUGCCUAAUGAAAAUUGACAGCUUUCCUUCAAAAUUUUUGGAAGUUUAUUUUAAUUUUUCAUAAUUUUAUAAUUUUACUAGAUGUGAUUC